UUACCAUCCACAAACAGUUACUUAACCUUUGCACUUGUUUUUUUCUGUGCCAUAUUCUCACAAGUUUCUUGUUUUAAUUUAAGUUUGUUUAGUAUACUUUUGCAAUUGAGAUAAAAAAAAACGUAAAACAUUAAUAAUAACAAAUAAGACAAUGGUAGUACCUGAAAUUUGUCGGAGAGGUUUACUUACACUAAGUAAACUAAUAGUAAAACCAAAACAAGUGAGACAGUAUUCGGAACAGGUAACCAAAGAUUUAAUUUUUAAGAAACUGAAAGGGGAUGAUGCUGGUGUCGUCACAAUUGGUCUGAAGAGACCACAGCAGAAGAAUGCCAUCAGUAUGAACCUACUUGAUGAACUCGUAAGGACUGUUGACAAAAUCUGUUACGAUAAUGUGGCGAGAGUUGUGGUGAUUCACAGCCUGGCACCUGGGGCCUUUUGUGCAGGUGCUGACCUAAAGGAAAGAGCAGACUUGACCCUCAAAGAAGUCUGUAAUUUCGUCACGAAUUUGAGAAACUUCACUAAACGAAUCCACGAUCUACCUAUACCUGUAAUAGCAGCACUGGACGGUGUCGCGUUAGGUGGGGGUUUAGAAUUGGCACUAGCUUGCGACAUAAGAAUUGCCGCCACAAACGCAAAAAUGGGUCUAGUGGAAACGAAACUGGCCAUUAUGCCGGGUGCCGGGGGUACACAGUUUUUAUCGAGGAUCGUAGGCCCCGCUAUUGCCAAGGAACUGAUUUUUACGGCACGAGUACUUGAUGCAAAAGCAGCACAACAAUUAGGGUUGGUGAAUCAUGUUGUUGAGCAAAAUGAAAUUGGCAAUGCAGCGUAUCUGCGAUCGGUGGAGCUUGCUGAAGAGAUUCUCCCAAACGGUCCGCUGGGUAUAAGAAUGGCGAAGAAAGCGAUAAACCGAGGUAUUGAGGUCGACCUCGACAGUGGCCUAGUCGUUGAGGAAGCGUGUUAUGCCCAGUUAAUCCCCACAAAGGAUAGAACUGAAGGACUGCAAGCUUUUAAUGAGAAACGUAAACCGGUCUAUUUAGGAUAUUGAUCUUGUUAUAUAUUUUAUACAUAUUCGUACAAUAAAGAAACAUUUUAAAGCCUC